AUGAGAACUCACACUGGAGAGAGGCCGUAUGAGUGUAAGGAAUGUGGGAAAACCUUUAGUCUUUCCUCAUCUCUCACUAAACAUAUAAGAUCUCACACUGGAGAGAGGCCUUAUGAAUGUAAGGAAUGUGGGAAAGCCUUUUGUGAUUCCUCAGCCCUUACUUUACACGUGAGAAGAAUUCACAGUGGAGAGAGGCCUUAUGAAUGUAAGGAAUGCGAGAAAGCCUUUAGCGAUUCCUCAGCCCUCAUUAGACAUGUAAGAACUCACAGUGGAGAGAGGCCUUACGAAUGUAAGGAAUGUGGGAAAACCUUUAGGCAGCUCUCAGCCCUCACUGAACAUAUAAGAACUCAUAGUGGGGAGAGGCCUUAUGAAUGUAAGCAGUGUGGGAAAGCCUUUAGUUGUUCCUCAGUCCUCACUACACAUAUAAGAACUCACACCGGAGAGAGGCCCUAUGAAUGUAAGCAGUGUGGGAAAGCCUGCCGAGAUUAUUCAUCUCUCGCUAAGCAUGGAAGAACUCACAGUGGAGAAAGGCCUUAUGAAUGUAAGGAAUGUGGGAAAGGCUUUAUUGAUUCCUCAGCCCUCACUAUACAUAUAAGAACUCACAGUGGAGAGAGGCCUUAUGAAUGUAAGGAAUGUGGGAAAGGCUUUAAACAGCUCUCUGCCCUCACUGCACAUGUAAGAACUCACAGUGGAGAGAGGCCCUAUGAAUGUAAGGAAUGUGGGAAAGCCUUUAGGCAGCUCUCGGCCCUCACUACACACAUAAGAACUCACAGUGGAGUGAGGUCUUAG